AUGGAUAUUUUCCAAGUUCUGACCAGAGGAGCAAACGUGAGAAAAAGCGGUCGUCUGGGCGUUUCUGGGGAUUUCAGUAAAGGCACAGCAGACAGGAAUGUCAGCAUCUUGCCUGGAAGCACCAGAAAGCAGGAUUCAGACCACCAGCUAACUAAAGAACUGGACUUCUUUCGCAAUAAGAGGACGGUGCAAAAGGCAGAGCUACAAAAAGGCGAGGAAACAAGUAUGAAGUCAGCUCCAGCUGCCGCUCCAGCACCAGCUUCACUGGAUGUGAAUAGCGAGACACUCAAAAUUUCGAACGCUGAGGAAGCUGCACAACUCAGAAAAUCGUACAUGGGAAACGUUUCGGGUGAGGAUGUCCCUCUGCCGAUCGGCUCUUUCGAAGAUCUGGUCACACGUUUUCAAUUUGACAGUCGAUUGUUGUCAAACUUGAUUGAGUCCCAUUUCACAGAGCCAACACCGAUCCAAUGUGAAGGGAUUCCUAUGGCACUACACGGCAGAGAUGUCCUGGCGUGCGCACCUACGGGUUCCGGUAAGACACUAGCGUUCGUAUUACCCUUACUGCAGCAGGUUAUCCAGUCUCGCAAGAAUGAGGGCCUUAAGGGUCUCAUCAUUUCUCCAACAAAGGAACUGGCUAGUCAGAUUUUCAAAGAAUGCACUAAACUUGGCAACAAGAUUUUCCUGGAUAAGAAAAGGCCACUCUCAAUCGCAUUGCUCAGCAAAUCCCUUAGCGCUAAGCUGAAAAACAAAAUCGUUAGCGAUAAGAAAUAUGAUAUUAUAAUAUCCACACCCCUAAGACUGAUAGAUGUGGUAAAGCAUGAAGCGCUUAACCUUUCUUCCGUCAAGCAUCUUAUAUUCGAUGAAGCCGACAAACUUUUCGACCAAACAUUCGUGGAACAAGCGGAUAGCAUUUUGGCCUCAUGCCGAGACCCACAGCUUCGUAAGACCAUGGUAUCAGCUACAGUUCCAUCUGGUUUGGAGGAAAUAGCUCAAAGCAUCAUGUUGGACCCGGUAAGAAUCAUUAUUGGUCACAAAGAAGCUGCCAACGUCAACAUUGAGCAGAAACUCGUUUUCUGUGGUAACGAAGAAGGAAAAUUGGUGGCUAUUCGACAAUUGAUCCAAGAAGGUGAAUUCAAGCCCCCUGUCAUAAUUUUUUUGGAAUCUAUCACAAGAGCAAAGGCGCUGUUCCACGAACUAUUAUAUGACAACUUGAACGUUGACGUUAUACAUGCUGAAAGGACGCCAAUUCAGAGAGACAAGAUCAUACAAAGAUUUAAAUCAGGUGAGGUUUGGUGUCUGAUCUGUACCGAUGUACUAGCGCGUGGUGUAGAUUUCAAAGGUGUCAAUUUAGUCAUAAAUUAUGAUGUGCCAAGAUCGGCACAAGCAUAUGUGCAUAGAAUUGGUAGAACUGGUAGAGGUGGCCGUGACGGUAAAGCUGUAACUUUCUACACAAAACAAGACAAUCUGGCUGUGAAACCUAUUAUCAAUGUUAUGAAACAAAGUGGAUCUGAAGUUGCGGACUGGAUGGACAAAUUCUCCAAAAUGACGAGAAGAGAGAAAGAAGCUCUUAAGAAGGGCAAAUCAUCGGUUGAGAGGAAACAAAUCAGUACAGUUCCACAAGUUGUGAAGAAGAAGAGGCGCCAACGGGAAGAGAUGGUUGAGGCAUCCAAAAAGCGCAAAGAAAUGGAAGACUAA